AUGCCACACCGAUUCAAUGUCAUGAAUUUCUUUCUUGCCACGGAUAUAUGGUACGAAAAAAUGGGUAAAUAUGUCGGAACGUUAGUUCGUCCUCAGAAAAUUGAUCUCACAAAAAAAAGUUGGUGGGCUGUUAAAGGCUCUCCUCCUCCACCUACCGACCGAAACUGGGAGAUGCGACCGGAAUGUCAGACAUGUUCUCAAUGUCAUUCAGAGCACUAUCGCGUCUACGAAGCUGGUUGGAUGUGCCUGAAUCACAAAUGCACCAAAUUCUGGAAGCUUGAUGGAGGUGGUACGCCACCCAAUAAUCCCGCGUACCAUGAUAAAUUCAUGUCUUAUCGAUUCAAUUGGGACGUGACCAAGUACCUGAGCAGGCUCAAUUAUACCUUGACUACACCGCCUCUAGUGAUAACUGAUGAUAACCAGAAUGAUUACAGAGUUGGAACUAUGUCUAACACCGGCAUAACAUGUCCACUAUGCGGGAAAUGUAUACCUCGUAUGCAUUUUCUCGGCUGGAAAUGCGCGCCUGACCGUGAGGCGUUUGAUAUCAACGAAAACCAGGAUUCCAAAGAAGAAUGCCCUUGGAAGCUUAUUCUUAAACCUCGAGCAGUACCACUUAACUGGGUCACCCCAGCUCCUCCCAAUGAUAUCGAUUCCUUCUACGAAGCUCCUAGGGUCGAAGCCCAGAAAAAAAAAAUCCAAGUUGAGCUUGAUGUGACUUCUUUGAGUCCUUAUCGCAGAAUCAAGUAUACAAUAGGCGACGUGAGAACAAUCACGCAUCUGGCAUCGAACUCUGAAAUGAAUGCAAGAGCAUUUGGACCUGACUAUCUAUUCCAAAGCUUUCAAACUAACGGCCUUGGUCCUCGACGACAUCGUCUUGGAGUCUCAAUGGGUUAG